GUUCCUGCACUUGGCAAUCAUCCAUGAAGAGAAGACUCUGACCAUGGAAGUGAUUCGGCAGGGGAAGGGAGACCUGGCCUUCCUCAACUUCCAGAACAACCUGCAGCAGACUCCACUUCACUUGGCUGUGAUCACCAACCAGCCAGGAAUUGCUGAGGCACUUUUGGAAGCUGGCUGUGAUCCUGAGCUCCGAGACUUUCGAGGAAAUACCCCUCUACAUCUUGCCUGUGAGCAGGGCUGCCUGGCCAGUGUAGGAGUCCUGACACAGACGUGCACACCUCAGCAUCUCCACUCCAUCCUGCAGGCCACCAACUACAAUGGCCACACGUGUCUGCACCUCGCCUCCAUCCAUGGCUACCUGGGCAUCGUGGAGCAUUUGGUGUCUUUGGGUGCCGAUGUCAAUGCCCAGGAGCCCUGCAAUGGCCGGACAGCCCUCCACCUGGCAGUGGACCUGCAGAACCCUGAACUGGUGUCGCUCCUGUUGAAGUGUGGUGCUGACGUCAAUAGAGUGACCUACCAAGGCUACUCCCCCUAUCAGCUCACCUGGGGCCGACCGAGUACCCGGAUACAGCAGCAGCUGGGCCAGCUGACCCGGGAAAAUCUUCAGAUGCUGCCCGAGAGUGAGGAUGAGGAGAGCUACGACACAGAGUCAGAAUUCACGGAGGAUGAGCUGCCCUAUGAUGACUGUGUAUUUGGAGGCCAACGUCUGACAUUAUGAGUGGAAAGUGUCAAAAAGAACAUGGACUUGUAUAUUUGUAUAAAACAAGAGUUUUAUUUUUCUAAAAAGAAAGAAAAGAAGAAAAAAAAGAAAGAAAGGGAUAUACUUACCACCACACUGCACACAGCCUGCCCCCAAGCAUCUUACUCUGGUGAUGGCAGAUUGUUAUUUUUGUGAAAUGGGGAAACAGAUCAUUGGAAUUCAAAGAAAAUGUCUUUUAAAGCUCACAUUCGUGAGGUUUUGGGAGGUGGUUUUCCAGACUGAUGAAAGGGACCACAUUCUAUUUAUUGUGCUUUUGACUGAACGGUAGAUCUGGUAGCUGAGCCUGGUAUGUCCUCACAUGUAGAACCAGGUGUUGAGUGGUAUGUGCUAGUCACUCCCGACUGAGGUUUUUGUUACCCUCUUGUAAAUGUUGUAUAUGGUGUAUUUUGUUGGUAAUUAUUUUGGUACUUCUAAGAUGUAUAUUUAUUAAACAGAUUUUUACAGACA